AUGAAGUCUCCAUUGCAUCACCAAGGAGAUCUCUCCCUCCGCAGGCAGCUUGAGGAUUCAGCCCUGUUCGCCGUCAAAGUCGCUAGAUCCCCUCAGCUCUACCUGGAUGCUUCUCGCACAUAUUUCUUCUCCAUCACUUUCAUUUCCCUCAUACUGUCCAAAUGCUUCCAUCUCUGCGUCCAUCUCACGUCGCUUGCGGUUCCAUCACUCCUCCCGUGGGGCCCUACCUUCUUCCUGGUGGACAUACUGCUUAUUCUGGUCGCGUGCUACCUGGCCCGUCCGUUUGAAUCGCGGAUCGGUCAAAAUGUAGCUGCCGUUGUAACUCUUUUAUUCAGUCUAUAUAUUUCGUCGAUGACCGCUGCCAACAUCUCCUUUUACGUCCACAAAGGCGAGGAGAUUGCCUGGCGCAAAUCGAGCAGCUCUCACAAGGACAAUGCCAAUACCGCUACCCAGACUAUUCUGUCCAUGGUGGCUGUCGCCAUUCUGGUUGACACGUUGGUUAUGAUCGGCGCGUACUUCGCUACGCCGUGUUUGUUCCAGGUGACCGACAGUUUCCUGGAGAUUUGGGGUUCGCUUUUCCUAUUCCCUUUCCGCCGAUGUGUUCGCCGGAAAGUGCCGGCAGAUCCGGAGACCUAUCAGCAGAUUGAAAUUGAAGACUAUGACGAGGGUCACAACGACAACGACUCCGUAUCGCAGUUGGAUACACCUGAAAAUGCACCCGUGCAGAAUAAGAGCCGGUCGUUGCUGAAGCGCGUGAUCGCCAUAUCGUGCGGCUUAAUCCUAGUUUUGCUCAGUGUCAUUCGUCCACGCGGCGCGGAUUACAGCUUUCUCUCUAAGUCUCUGUCCCUCGCGCCGUUCGGCAGCCACAAAUACUCGCCCGCCCAUGAACGUCCCACGUCAGCGAAUGGAAGUGCUACUCCUGAAAGUACCCCCAAAAGUGCUCCAUCAAGUGUCCCGUCAAGCGCACCGCCAAGUGCUCCAGAAAAUGCCCCCUCGAGUGCCGCCGAUGGAAAUAACACCUCGCUACCGGCCGAUUUCAGCUGGUUGGACGGCCACACCGCUUUGGACUCUUUUCCCACAUUUGACUGGUUACCUUCGUACAAUUCGUCGGAUGGCUUCCCGGAUUGGUCUCCCUUCCGUAUCAAUAAGCACGAUAAGUCUGACUAUGUGUAUGAACACUACAACCCGAUGAAAGACCCUCUGCACACACCAAACCUCCAGAACGAUAUUUUGGAGCCUUUACGCGAUCUUCUCCACAGCGGAAGCGUGAAGAUUAAGCAUGUCAUUCUCAUCAAGCUCGAGAGCACUCGACAGGACGUGUGGCCCUUCCGCUCAAACUCUUACAUCAUGAAGCACAUCAAUGAUUCUUACCCGGCUGGUAUCCCCGAGAAGGUCCAAGAUAGGCUCUCUAAUCUCACCCCCACCGCCGAGCGUUUAACCGGAUUUGAUACCGGGUUCCAUAAGGACGGGGAUGAUCAUCCGAAGCCCUAUGGUGGCAUCAGUGCGAGGAACGCUUACACGUCCGGGACCUAUACCCUGAAGAGUAUUACUGGCACUGUGUGCGGAGUGAAUCCUAUGGCCGUUGAGGCUAACCUCGAGUACCUGCACGAUAUUUACCAGCCUUGUUUGCCGCAUAUACUAGAUACAAUAAACCACCAGCCAGACACCAAGAGUCAGGCAGAUGACUGGACUUCCUGGCCGUGGCACACUAUGUGGAUGCAGUCACACCCUGACGACUGGGAUAAGCAUUACAUGCUUCAUCCUGCUCUAGGAUACAAAGAUAUCAUGGCAAAGAGAACGAUUGACGCAACUGGUAAAAAAUACAUCCCGGAAGAGACAACAGAGGAAGAGGAACAUGGCCACGAGGAUAAACUACUGAAAAAUUAUCUCCGGGAUGUCAUUGAUGAUGCCAAGAAGAACAACACUCGCCUCUUCCUCAGCCAUCUAACACAUAAUACACACACCCCGUAUUAUAAACCUGGUGAUUAUAACGAGAUGAUGGGGGAUGUGUCGACCGAACAGAACGAGAGGUUGAACCGAUACCUAAAUACCAUUGCCUACCAGGACGAGUGGAUAGCCGAUAUCCUAAAGCUUCUUGAUGAUGCCGGUAUUGCCGAUGAGACCCUUCUUGUGAUGACCGGUGACCACGGUCUUUCACUUCCAAAUGACGGGGGUAUAACCGCCUGGCAUUCCCCUCACGUCGGCAAUUUCCACGUGCCGCUAUUCUUCUCGCAUCCCAAGCUGCCCCAGCUUGAAGUUAAUGAUGCUGUCCUAUCCACCCAAAUUCUCCCAACAAUCCUCGAUCUUCUCGUCGAAACCUCCUCUAUUGACAAGCAGUCGACUAAGAUCAUCAAAGAUCUGCUCCCUAUGUACGAAGGCCAGUCGAUGAUCCGCGCACUCAUCCCUGAGCACAACGGCAAGCAAGAAUGGCACUUCUCCACAAUGAACCCUGGCGGAACAUGGUUCUGCAUGCGGGCGGCCGCACAGCCAUACCGUUUGGUCGUGCCUCUCAAACCCGACGCUAAGUGGCGAUUCACCGAUGUCGUCGCCGAUCCAUUCGAGCUGAACCCUCAGGAGGAUCUCCAACUCCUGUUCCUGGUCGACGUUGUGCGGAAGGAGCAUGGACCCGAGGCCGUGAAGUGGCUCAGCGAGGCGGCCCAUGUCGCUAAGUGGUGGGUUGGGGAGAACCACCGCCGCUGGCAAUAUGAUCCUAAGAACCCGGAGAACAAUUGA